AGUCAGAGGGGGCGUGAAAGAGCACCAGCCAACAGGGUGGAGGGAGAGAGACAGACAGAGAGAGGGGGAGUGUAUGUGUGGUCAGAGAGACCGAGGGAGAGAGAGAGAGAGAGAGGGGGGGACAGAAAGCUUGAGGGGGACGAUAGAGUGCUAGAUAAUGGAGGUGCAGACGGAGUGUGCGGAGCCUCCUGUGGCCCCCCAGUGUGACCCCCAGCCCACAGGGAAGAUCAACAAAGCUGCCUUCAAACUCUUCGGGAAGCGGCGCACCGGGUCCGGGAUGGCCAGCUUCUUCUCCUUCAGGAACAAAGGGGCUACCAACGGCGGGAGCAACGGGAACCCUGACAAUGGGAAUUCUGUGAAUGGGAACGGCUCAGCGGCCUCGGCCGAGCUCGUCCGGAGCAAAACCCACGAUGGACUAACGAGCUCUAAUAGCGACGCUGAUGGACAGCGAGGGGAAGGGCUCGCCAUCCUGGAGGCCGGGCCGGUAAGAUCCCUCAGCAAAUCCCUGAGUUUCUUCUCUUUACUCCGGCGUGGGAGUUUCAGGUCGGGUGAAAAUGGAGGGGCGGGGCUUGUUAGAAGAGGGAGGGGCUUAAAGGGCUUUUUUAGCAGCAUGCGAUGGAGACGCAAGGAAAAAACAAACGAGGUAGAUGCGGAAGAGGCGGAGCGGAAGGCGGAAAAGGAUGGGGAGGUCGGCGACCCCGAAAGGGCAAAGGACAUUACGCUCACCCUUGAACCGCCUCCGCACCAUCACCAAGUGGAUUGUGGGGAUGCAGCUGCAUCACCUGACCCAGAGACUCAUAGUACUAGUGUUACCAUAACACCACCUCUGUGUGUUGUUGCCAUGCCAGGGCAAUCUUGUGAGCCGGACUCCCCCAUUCCUUACACACCCACCGACUCCCCACUGCGCCCCCCCACCCAAAAAGCCAAAGCCUCAAUUUCCAGCCUCACCCCCUCCCUCGCCACACCCCCUUUGGAUCGCUGCAGCAACGGUGACCCCCCAUCGGAACCUUCGGUGGACCGCCUCUGCUCCCUCCUCUUCACUGACGUCACGUCCCUCAAGAGCUUCGAUUCACUGACGGGUUGUGGCGACAUUAUUGCCGACGCAGAGGAGGACGGGCCAGGGGGCAACGGGGGCAGUGGCACCAGCAGCAGCAGCAGCGGGGGAGGAGGGGGGAAUGGGGGAGUGUGCGUUGGUAGAGCUGUUGGUAUCGCCGGUGCCACGUCUCGGGGCUCCCCGACCAAACCCUACCUACCUCCGCAGCCGACCCAGCCAAUGUUCUCCGUCCCCCUGACCUCGCUGCCUUCUUCCCUCCCAGCCCGGGCCCGAGCACCGCCACCGCCGCAGCCGCACCCGGCUGGCAGCGGCGUGGUGGCCUACAUGGGCGGCGGGGAAGAAAUGGCGAGUCCGGAGGGAGUGGACGACGCGGACAUGCAGGGCCUCUGGCACAUGCUUCCCUCCACGGGCGACAACUCCCCCGCUUUGCCUCGGUCGCACCAAACUCCCUCCACCACCCCGACUUCCACUUAUCCCCCUCGGGCGACGACCAACGCGGCCGGCUGCCACCUGCUCUCCGCCCACAGGAGUGCCGACCGUAGGUUACCCCCGGUGAAGGCACUGGGCCUCAGUAAGAUUCCCGUGGUUGGUGCAGCGGGGGGCCGGGCAGCUAAGCCCCCCAUCCCUCACGCGCACGGCCGUCACGCCGCAUCACCCGGAGAGAAAGAGCCGCUGAGCGACGAGGGUUACUGGGACACACCCACGGCAACGCCCACGGCAACACCCGACGAGAGCGGGCAGCAGCGCAACCGGAAGACGGCCCUGACACGCGACAGUUGCUCUGGAGACCACCUGUACGACCUCUACAACGACCCCGAGGGGGCGGGAGAGGAUGUGGAGCAGGAGGGAGAUGAAGAUCUGAACAGCACUCCUUCUCCAUCAAGUGAAUACAAGCUGAGCCCCACCUCCCAAACAUCUCCCCCUUCCUCUUCCUCCUCUUCCUCCUUCCAGUCGUUGAAAGGCAGCACGAGCCUUCCCCGGGAUUCCAAGAUCCCAGUAAGCAGCAGACAGACCUCGCCUCCCCACUCUGUAAGCCAGUCGGCCCUGGCGUCCGUCCUAGAGGCUGAAUCCCCUCCACCAAAGACCCAGGCGCCUCCCCCGGUUCGCACCAGGAUCCCCGUAUCCAAGGUGCCGGUCCGACGCUCCGGGAACAAACCUGGCAGCACAACCAGAGGAGCCGCCCACAAGAAGUAGCUCCUGUCACAUGGAGGGGGGAUUUCUCCCGCUGGCAGAAAGACUCGAGUGUAUAAGCAGAGCCAAAAGUUUUCCCAGACCAAGAAAAAAUGUUGAGCUGUAGAGUUAACGGCUUACAAAUUCCCAUGAAAAACACUCAUUCAGAGAGAGUUCUGGCUCACGACAGGGCCGGGAUUGAAUAGGUGGUUUUGUUCACUCUAGAAAGUCGCAGGGAGACUCAAAAAAGCCGGGUUCACACUUCGCGGCUCCCUCCCUGGAACUUAAGAGGUCGACUUUUGACAAUCCAUGGACUCGCUAUUGACACGUUUGCCUUGUAACUUCCUGGAAAAGCUCCUGACCUGUUGAGAGAUUGACAGCUACAACGACUGCACGCUGCGAAAAAGGAGAAAAGCAGAGCACCUUUUAUCUUUUACUAUGAAACCCCACACGGUAUCUCAUAAUUUGUUUAUACGGACCUAAUCUAAUCAACGUUGUUUUUUCUAAAAUUGUCAUCUUGUCUAAUCUGUAACAAAUUACCUCUAAAUCUUUUGAUUUUUGAGCCAAAGUUAGAAAAUCCUCCUCAUUUUCUCUUUAACAGAUUCAACAAAACCCACAGUCUGGAAUAACACAGCAUUUUUUAGUUUGGCUGUUUUUUCUGAUUUUUGAAGAUGGUUUUGUUCUGACCGCACACUGAUUAUUAAACCGUAUGUGCAGACCAUCAAAUAAACACUGAGAUCUUUGCAGCUAGACAUAUUGCAAAGUUGCACGACAGGAGGCCACAUAAUAUCUUCUUUUUUUUCCUUUUUAUUGAGGACGGGGAGCUGUUCUCUGUUUUGACUGGCGAUUUUCAUUAUAAUUAUUAUUCUUGUGGACGGACAAAGUUUGGCUUCAGCCAUCUGGAUUUCACUAAAAGUGCAUCCAUAGGAUGUCAAUCUCUGGGAUUUACAACUGUUGAAUAACCAAUGAAAGCCUGCAGAACUGUCGCAAUACUCAACCUGGAGGGAUCCCGUGCGCUGAUGCUUCAAAACACACACGCACAUACACAAACACACACAUGCAAUUUCCGACAUGCACACAAGCAUUUUUCCCUCCCUCUUUGCAUGCAGUGCCGCACAUACAAGGCACAAAGGUCAGGGAACAUCAUCUAAUGCUGAAUGAACCAAGUCACACACACUGUUCAGCAUUUGGCACCGUCUUCGUAGCUACACUGGCUGACUUUCUUGUGCAAGGACACUAAACAACCAUUCGUCUUUCAUAGGUCAUACAGCUCAGAUCUUAAACUGUGAUUGCACCAGCUUCUGUUCUUCGCUGCUAACACGCUGUUUAAGCCGAUGCGAGUGGCUGAGGUGGAGACUCCGUUGCUGUCUGCCACUUUUAGAGAGCCAGAAUAUGCCUGCAAGAGUUUUAAAAUCAGAUGUGAUCCAGAAAAAAACACAAAAGAAAUUCAGGGUUUCGGAUCAGUGAAAUACUUCUGAGUCACAUCAUUAUCUGGAUCACGGCUUAAAAUGCAAAGUAAAACCUGGGGACUAUUUCUAAAUGAGGUCAGAGUGCUUUUGCCUCACUCUCUGUUGUACUUACAAACAAACGUACAGCUUCAUUGAACGGACCCCCGCAGCUGUGAGUGAAUCUGAAUGUAGCUCGUCAUCAUCGGAGACCGUUAGGUCAUCUGUGUUGGUCCCUUUUGUUUUUCUCUUCUGUCCCUCUUUUGUGGGGGCAAGACGAACGGUUGAGUUCACUGUUUUCCAAGUCCCCCGUGCUCUGAAGAUCUGCUGCACAGUGCGUUGAGUCUGCCAAAGCAGCACUUGUUUUAAUAACGAGGGGGUGUAUUGCAGUGCUGUAAGGCCUUUGUCUGCGAUGCAGUGAGUCAAGUUAAAGGGAGCACAGUGUUCCUUACCCUUCAGUCACACAGAGGGCGUUUGUAGCGAAACACAUUUGAGAUGAUGCAAGUUUUCUCUAAUCUUUACCACGAGGAUACUAACGACCUUUGAGGGUCAUUCUAGUUCAGGACAGCUUUCCGUCUCAUUUAGAAUGUAAGGAUUGAUCCGCGCCGACUGGUUCCAGGUUCAGAUAACCGUUCAACCAUUUGAAUAACGUAGUGCAGGACAGGGCACGGAGAUGCCUGAUCCCAGGUCUACAGUGAGAGUGAUUCUCAUUUGGGCCAAAGGUCAUCAAGGGAGCAGACAAAGAUCAUGUCCGUCCACGUCUUCUGUAUCCUCUUUGCCCUUAGUGUGUAAUCACAUCUUCCUUUCGUCAGAGUACCGCUUGAAAAAAGAGGGAUAGAUGGAUGAUUUAGGGGUGAAACCGUUUUGAACCUUUAAAGUAUUCCUUGGAUAAAUCAUUAAAAAGAGGGUUUUUUUGUAACAGCUGGGGUGAUGCUUGUUGAAUGUUGACCUAAACAGAUGAUAAUUUCCCUUUUUGUGACACUGUCACCAAUCUAAUUAUAUCACUGUUAAGGUAGAGAAAAGGAAUGAUCAGUUUUUAGUUUAAAUGUGGCCUCCCACUCGGUUAACGUCACAUAUGCUGCAACUUGGUGUUUUAGUAGAACUUGUUUUUCCCACGUUUUCCAAGUAUGACAGUGACAAGAAACGUUUGGGUACCUUUAUCAGUUGCAUUGGCCUGUACACAGUAAUAACAUCAACCACAGAUGCAUCACAUUGCCACUCAAAUCACUUGUAUAUUUUUUGUAGAUGCAUUUCUUCUUUCUUUCUGAAAUCUGAGCCUUUAAUAUGUGGUCAAUUGCUGUGAUGAAAAAGCACAUUAGGUUUCCUCUUUUUUUAACAGUCUGUUUGUUCACAGUGUGAAGAUCUUUCCACUUUUUUCAUAUUUAAUGAAUAAAACUAUUUGCGCUGAUU